GCGGCGCCCGCCGGGCUCUCGGUUAUAAGAUGGCGGCGCUGAGCAGCGGCGGCGCGGAGCAGGGCCCGGCGCUGUUCAACGGGGACAUGGAUCCCGAGGCUGGCGCCGGCGCCGCGGCCUCGUCGGCCGCAGACCCCGCCAUCCCGGAGGAGGUGUGGAAUAUCAAACAGAUGAUCAAGCUGACGCAGGAACACAUCGAGGCCCUGUUGGACAAGUUUGGUGGGGAGCACAAUCCACCCUCAAUAUAUCUGGAGGCCUAUGAAGAAUACACCAGCAAGCUAGAUGCCCUCCAACAAAGAGAACAGCAGUUAUUGGAGUCCCUGGGGAAUGGAACUGAUUUUUCUGUUUCUAGCUCGGCAUCAACGGACACCGUUACAUCUUCCUCCUCUUCUAGCCUUUCAGUGCUACCUUCAUCUCUUACAGUUUUUCAAAAUCCCACAGAUGUGUCACGGAGCAACCCCAAGUCACCACAAAAACCUAUCGUUAGAGUCUUCCUGCCCAACAAACAGAGAACAGUGGUACCUGCAAGGUGUGGCGUCACCGUCCGAGACAGUCUGAAGAAAGCUCUGAUGAUGAGAGGCCUGAUCCCAGAGUGCUGUGCUGUGUACAGAGUCCAAGAUGGAGAGAAGAAACCGAUUGGCUGGGACACUGAUAUCUCCUGGCUCACCGGAGAGGAGCUGCACGUGGAAGUGUUGGAGAACGUGCCGCUGACGACACACAACUUCGUGCGGAAAACAUUUUUCACCUUAGCGUUCUGUGACUUCUGUCGAAAGCUGCUUUUCCAGGGUUUCCGCUGUCAGACAUGUGGUUACAAAUUCCACCAGCGCUGUAGCACAGAGGUUCCGCUGAUGUGCGUCAAUUAUGACCAACUGGAUUUGCUGUUUGUCUCCAAGUUCUUUGAACACCACCCCAUCCCGCAGGAGGAGGCCUCCUUAGCAGAGACUGCCCUCGCGCCCGGAUCGUGUCCUCCCGCGCCUCCCUCAGACUCUCUCGGGUCCCAAAUUCUCACCAGCCCGUCUCCUUCAAAAUCCAUUCCAAUUCCACAGCCCUUCCGACCAGCAGAUGAAGACCAUCGAAACCAAUUUGGGCAGCGAGACAGGUCCUCCUCAGCCCCCAAUGUGCACAUCAACACAAUAGAGCCGGUCAAUAUUGAUGACUUGAUUAGAGACCAAGGGUUUCGUGGUGAUGGAGGAUCGACCGCAGGCUUGUCGGCCACGCCCCCUGCAUCACUGCCUGGCUCCCUCACUAACGUGAAAGCCUUACAGAAAUCCCCUGGGCCACAGCGUGAGAGGAAGUCCUCGUCCUCCUCCGAAGAUAGGAAUCGCAUGAAAACCCUUGGCAGGCGAGAUUCAAGUGACGAUUGGGAGAUUCCCGACGGGCAGAUCACCAUUGGACAGAGAAUCGGCUCCGGAUCGUUUGGAACCGUCUACAAGGGCAAGUGGCAUGGUGAUGUGGCAGUGAAGAUGUUGAACGUGACAGCCCCCACACCUCAGCAGUUACAGGCCUUCAAGAAUGAAGUAGGGGUACUCAGGAAAACACGACACGUGAAUAUCCUCCUCUUCAUGGGCUACUCAACAAAGCCCCAGCUGGCUAUUGUUACCCAGUGGUGUGAGGGCUCCAGCCUGUAUCACCAUCUCCACAUCAUCGAGACCAAGUUUGAGAUGAUCAAGCUCAUCGACAUUGCACGGCAGACUGCACAGGGCAUGGAUUACUUACACGCCAAGUCAAUCAUCCACAGAGACCUCAAGAGUAACAAUAUAUUUCUUCACGAAGACCUCACGGUAAAAAUAGGUGACUUUGGUCUAGCCACAGUGAAGUCUCGGUGGAGUGGGUCCCAUCAGUUUGAGCAGUUGUCUGGAUCCAUCUUGUGGAUGGCACCAGAAGUGAUCAGAAUGCAGGACAGGAACCCCUACAGCUCUCAGUCAGAUGUCUAUGCAUUCGGGAUUGUUCUGUAUGAACUAAUGACUGGACAGCUACCCUAUUCAAACAUCAACAACAGGGACCAGAUAAUCUUUAUGGUGGGACGAGGAUACCUGUCUCCAGACCUCAGUAAGGUACGGAGUAACUGCCCAAAAGCCAUGAAGAGAUUAAUGGCGGAGUGCCUGAAAAAGAAACGAGACGAGAGGCCGCUCUUUCCCCAAAUUCUCGCCUCUAUUGAACUGCUGGCCCGCUCAUUGCCAAAAAUCCACCGCAGCGCGUCAGAGCCCUCCUUGAACCGGGCCGGCUUCCAGACCGAGGAUUUCAGUCUGUAUGCCUGUGCUUCUCCCAAAACACCCAUCCAGGCCGGGGGCUACGGUGCGUUUCCAGUCCACUGAAGCCAGCUGCGUGAGUGGGAGGGU